AUGAUUUGUAUUUGUAAUGUAGCGGGUGUAUAAUUUUCCAUUAAGAAGAUUACAUGACAUGUAAAUGUCAACGAAGGAAGUUCAUUAUUUAAACGAUUCUUUUUAAAAUUACACGUCGUGUAUGAAAUACACAAUAAGCAGGAAAUAGAUAAUCUCUAUUCAAAUAAAUCGGACUGAAACCUUUUCGAAAUGAAUACGGAAAACCAGUGUGAUUCAAAGACUGACCCACCGCCUUCCGAUGAAGUAAGAUUAAAUUUUCAACCUGGACUAGGAAGUAUCUCACAGCCUCCUGCCUACCAACUGGUUCACGAACAUCAACUGGGCGGGUACUCGUACCCGCCCGGGUACCAGUCUGUUCCAAUGAACAAUUUGUACAAUCAACAAAUCAGCAUUCCUGCGUCGAUUCCAAAUACACAACAAACGGGAAUUCCCGGCAACGGUACUUCUCAAGUGAUUGUAACUCAGCCAGGACAGAUACCAUGUAUUAUUGUUAAUCAACAAAGACCAGCUGACUACCUAUGUCCAUCACUGUUGGCAUGCUUUUGUUGUUUUUGGCCGACAGGACUUGUUGCUAUUUAUUUUGCCAUCAUGGCAAACUCUCUGGCGGAUAAAGGGCAGAUGAAAGAUGCCAAGAUAAUGUCGAACUACUCGAGGAACCUCAUGAUUGUUAGUGUAGUCCUUGGCAUAAUUGGAAUCGUGUUCUAUAUCAUGUACACUAGUGGCAUGUUAUCGAAGAAUGGCUAUUAGCUUUCCUGUGGUUGAAAAAAAAACCACGAAAAAACAUUUCAUACAUAAACAGAUUUAAUAUCUGGGCGAUGCAAACAUUUUACAUGUAGGAAGUGUGUAUGAUAUUUAUUCUUAAUAUUGAAAAAAAUCUGAUAAAGUAUCUACACGUGUAAAUGUUUUCGUGUAAAUUUUAGGUGUAGUUUCCUCAUUGACAUUUUUAACACUUUCCCCAUUAAAAACACUUUGCCCAUGAUUUUUCAUGUUCUUUGUUAAUUUUUUAUCACCUGCUUCGUAUAAAACACAACUCCUAUCCUUCAUAGUGUUAUAAUUGUCUUUAAUUAAAUUCAAGGGAUUUUAAGUAAAUUAAAUUGUUUCCUAUUCUAACUAGCAAAUAUUGUGUGAAGAACACUAACAGUUUUCUAGAUACUUCUUACAUUGAUUAUAUAAUUAUUGCAACAUUAAAACUGGAAAUAAAUUGAUAUAAUAUUUUAGUAAAUUUGUUUCCCAUAUUAUACGGAAGGUGUUCAACUUAUCUGAAUACUUUACAAACAUAGGUAUACAAAGGUCAACAUUCUAUUUAUUUCCUUCGAUGCUUAUAUGUUUUUGCUGUUGCUAUUGCCAUAUAAUUUUCGAGUAAUAAAAGUCUUUUACUCA